CACGUGCAUGCGCAGGUGUGCGCAUACAGACGUUCAUCAUAUACACAUACUCCAAGUUGACACGUGCAUGCGCAGGGGUGCGCACAGAGGCAUUCAUCAUAUACACACACUCCAAGUCGGCAUGUGUGUAUGUGAUGAAUGUGUGUGUCACUCGACCUCCAUGAGAUCUUUGGGUAAACGAGGGGCCACGAGUGAUCGUCUUGAGUUUCAUACGAGGGCAUGCCGCAGCAGAUGCAUAAUCACAGGCAGCGCGUAACAGGCAAGCAACCAUGCAAAGCCGGCACACACAAAAGCACGGUCCAUACAGCCUCGCGAGUCGCACCCAUAGAUACACGCAACAUACACGAAAAUAGAGAGCGCCCAUAGCGCGGCCGACGGUCCCACAGAGGUGUAGGAUGGGGAGACGGCCUACAGUAUGCAUCUUUGCACUGAGAAGUGACGUUCUUUGACUGACGAGGCGAGCAAGCAAACCAUACACAGCCAAGAAUUCAACAGGCACGCGCCGAAGUUCUCCCUGUCAUAGACAGGCACAACGCAAGCAGCCGGGCAAGCGAGCAAACACUCGAGUUCGAGCCGGUGAGAUCCACCUUUGGUCCUCACUGGGAAAGAGGGUGCCAGCCCCCGAAGAGGCGCUCAGCGCCUAUGUAAAGUAGAAAAGAUCGCCGGCCUACGUUUCGUCCGUCUCGCUGCGAAGACAUUUGGCCGCUGGGGGCAGCAAGCGAUUGAAUUCGUCAGGAAGCUCGCCAAGAGGAAGGCCCGCCCCUUGGCCAUCCCCGCCGCUGAAUGCACAUUGUCCAGUGAAAAUAUCAUCAACCGUCGGGGCCGGCUCCUGCCCGUACAGCUGGUAAAGCACAACGCGUUCCACGUGGCUAGCCGCGUGAAGCGUGUCGCAUCUACCGGAGGACCCCGAAAAAAAAGGCUCCUUUCCAGAGGACUUCAUCAGCCGAGGCGCCUGUAGGCCUCACACAAGUCCCCCCUCUGGUUGGUGCGCCCGCGUGUCGCUUCAUAUCGUAUGCAUGCAGUUUCAUGCUGUGUGCAUGCAUGGGUAUCUGGUGUGUCUUUGUUGCGUGUCUGUAUCGUAUGGUUGCGUUGCUAGUGCUCUACCGCUGGCAUGCGUGCUUUUAUCGACAUUCGUCGCCCCUUGUUUACACUGGAGUACAAAGCAUACCGUUGCACCCUCAAGUACUCUUUGACAGCGUCCCUCUGCAAUUAUUCGGUAACAACGCCCCGUCAAACUAGGGAGCUCCCCGCUUAUUGCCUUCACUGCGUCCGACUCUGGAUGGCCUCAUCGACGUAUUUGCCUGUGUGUGCAACGAAUUCGUCAGGUUCAGAGAAUUCCGGUAAAAGAAGAGAAAGGAGGAAUAAACGAGAAAGACAGAUGGCAUGCAUAUCUACACAUAGAGCCGGCACAUAUAUUCGGCGUCUGAAACUACCCUGGCCACCUGUGCGAACCAAUAUUGGUGUCGUUUAAUUGUAUGCUCUUCACGGCAGCCAGGCGAGACCAGGCUUUUGGGAUAGUCUGAAGAGCGUUGCUGUGAAGAUUGACAUGCUCCACGCUAAAACCAGGCAAGGUCAGACGUGCCUCAAACACACUCGUAUUUGUCUCACAUCUCUUCAUUUGCGUCUCCGGAAGGAAUCCAUUGCAGCCGAAGCCUUCGAUGCGAUUGUAGCUGAGGUCUAGCCAUCCGAGUGACGCGAGGGGCUGCAAAGACGGCAGCAAACACAUUCAUCACAUACACGCACUCCAAGUCGACACGUGCAUGCGCAGGUGUGUGCACAGAGACAUUCAUUAUAUACACACACUCCACGUCCAAACGUGCACAAACACAUUCAUCACAUACACACACUCCAGGUCCAAACGUGCAUGCGCAGGUGUGCGUACACAGACAUUCAUUAUAUACACACACUCCGCGUCCAAAUAAGUAUGAUAUAGACACACUCCACGUCCAAACGUGCAUGCGCAGGUGUGCGCACAAACACAUUCAUCACAUAUACACACUUAACAUCGACACGUGCAUGUGCAGAUGUGCGCACUCAUAUAUUCGUCAUAUACCCACACUCCACGUCCAAACGUGCAAACAGACAUUCAUCACAUACACACACUCCAGGUCCAAACGUGCAUAGAGACAUUCGUCAUAUACACAUACUCCAAGUCCAAACAUGCAUGCACAGGUGUGCGCACAUAGACAUUCGUCAUAUACGCACACUCCAAGUCCAAACAUGCAUGCGCAAGUGUGCGCACACAGACAUUCAUCGUAUGCACACAUUCCAACUUUAAACGUGUAUGCACAGGUGUGCGCAUAGAGACAUUCAUCAUAUACACACACUCCAACUCCAAACGUGGAUAGAGACAUUCGUCAUAUACGCACACUCCAAGUCCAAACGUGCAUGCGCAGGUGUGCGCACAUAGAGACAUUCGUCAUAUACACAUACUCCAACUCCAAACGUGCAUGCGCAGGUAUGCGCACACAGACAUUCAUCAUAUAUACACACUCCAAGUCGACGGGUGCAUGCGCAGAUGUGCGCACAUAGACAUUCGUCAUAUACACAUACUCCAAGUCCAAACGUGCAUGCGCAGGUGUGCGCAUAGAGACAUUCGUCAUAUACGCAGACUCCAACUCCAUACGUGCAUGCGCAGGUGUGCGCAUAGAGACAUUCGUCAUAUACUCAUAUACGCACACUCCAAGUCCAAACGUGCAUGCGCAGGUAUGCGCACACAGACAUUCAUCAUAUAUACACACUCCAAGUCGACGGGUGCAUGUGCAGGUGUGCGCACAUAGACAUUCGUCAUAUACACAUACUCCAACUCCAAACGUGCAUGCGCAGGUGUGCGCACAUAGACAUUCAUCAUAUACACAUACUCCAAGUCCAAACGUGCAUGCGCAGGUGUGCGCACAGGCAGGUGUGCGCAUGCGCAGGUGUGCGCAUAGAGACAUUCAUCAUAUUCACACACUCCAACUCCAAACGUGCAUGCGCAGGUGUGCGCAUAGAGACAUUCAUCGUAUUCACACACUCCAAACGUGCAUGCGCAGGUGUGCGCAUAGAGACAUUCGUCAUAUACACAUACUCCAACGCGCAGGUGUGCGCAUAGAGACAUUCAUCAUAUACACACACUCCAACUCCAAACGUGCAUGCGCAGGUGUGCGCAUAGAGACAUUCGUCAUAUACACAUACUCCAACGCGCAGGUGUGCGCAUAGAGACAUUCGUCAUAUACACAUACUCCAACUCCAAACGUGCAUGCGCAGGUGUGCGCAUAGAGACAUUCGUCAUAUACGCACACUCCAGCUCCACUCCCCCAACACACACACACACACACACGCACACACCGGCCCCAAAGCGCCACCACCGGCCCCAAAGCGUCACCACCGCGAUACUCCCUCCCUUCCCGGCUUGCCCUCUUCCGUCGAACCUGUCCUAAUGAAUGAGGAGGCGAGGCAGGAGGGCCAGCAAGAUGUCCUGAUCCACCUCAGCAAACACAUCCUGGCCCAGCCGCCUGAUCACCCCGCCGAACAGCACAUACCGCCCUGCCCUGUCGUAGACGUCCAGCCAAGAGCGCUUCAUCGCCGCGGCCACGUCCUUGGUCUUGUCCCACACGUCACGACACUGCCUGGCCGCCUGCUUGUCGUCCAUGGAGUCGCCGUACUUGGCGUGAAUGGCGCGGAAGAGACGCUCAGCAUGCGGCUCAUCGAUCUUGGACACGUCGAACACAGCCCUGCCCGCCGUCAUCUGCCCUCCCUGCUCCGCCUUGAACUCCAGCUUGCGGCUGGCGAAGCCGUGCUCCUGCAGGACCUCGAGGACGACGUCAGUGACCUCCGACGAGCGGAAUCUGGCGAGGGGGGAGUCUGGAAGAGGGUGGGUGACGGGUGACUGCUUGGCCAACGACUCGACAGCCUGGCGGAGAAUAUCGACCUCUGACUCGAGAGCAUCAAUCCGGUCACACACGCUCUCGGCUUGUAGCAGGGCAGGCGGCUCUCGCUCCACCGCGAUAGACUCACGCGCAGCAGCAGCUGCUGCUUGGACGUCCGCAGCAGAAACACUCGGUUCCGACAUCAGCACCACAAAACGAUGUCAGGACAACACAGAAAAACGAUGACAGACGAUGCGGAGGUCCACUCCACGAAGGUGUCACACAGAAACACUGACAGAUCCCUGGGACAGAGGGAUGACCCAUCUCGCCGCGUCUCGGAACGCGUGAUAUCGCACGUUAGAUCGUGCUCAGUGAGUGUGGAUGUGGGCGUGGUCUGUGUGUGUGUCUUGCCGCCCUUCUGCCUUUCCCAGCGGUGAUAUGUGUAUGGGCGUGCACUGAGGGUGUCUACGGGUCGGCCGCCUGCCGCCCCUCUCCGCCAUGGAGGCUGGGGCGGCGGUGCGCUCUCAUACACC